AUGGCUCUCUCCCUGCCAUUUCUUAAAAAACCUCCAAACAAAGUCUUCUCUUUCAUUGCUCUCUGUCCCCAUCCCUUUAAAAUCCGACCGUUAUAUCCUCCUCGAUUUAAAUUUCCCGCCUCCACUCUCAAAUUCAUCAAAACCCAUUUUUCUUUGUCUCUUAAUUUAACCACCCACUUCAACAACAACGACGAUCGCUACACUGAAAAUACCUUAAAACCUGACAAAUUCUACGCAUCAUUAAUCGAUAAUUCGGUACACAAAACCCACUUGAACCAAAUCCAUUCUAAGUUAUUAGUUACUGGGUUGCAAUAUAGUGGUUUCUUGGUAGCAAAAUUUGUUAAUAAGGCUUCAAAUCUAGGAGAAGUUAGCUAUGCACGUAAGGUGUUUGAUAAAUUUCCAGAGCCAGAUGUGUUUUUGUGGAAUGCGAUUGUUAGGGGUUAUUCUAGGCAUGGUUUGUUUGGUUUUGCUAUUGAAAUGUAUGCUAGAAUGCAAGUGGCGUGUGUUAGUCCUGAUGGGUUCAGUUUUUCUUGCGUUCUCAAAGCUUGUAGUGCCUUGCUGGCGCUUGAGAUGGGGAGGAGGGUACAUGGGCAGAUAUUUAGACGAGGGUUUGAGUCGGAUGUGUUUGUGCAGAAUGGUCUUGUGGCAUUAUAUGCGAAAUGUGGAGAGAUUUUGCGAGCUAUCGUUGUUUUUGAUAGGCUAGUUGGUAGGACUAUUGUUUCUUGGACUUCAAUUAUUUCUGGGUAUGCGCAGAAUGGACAGCCUCUUGAAGCAUUGAGGAUUUUUAGUGAAAUGAUGAAAAUGAAUGUGAGACCAGAUUGGAUAGCGCUUGUGAGUGUUCUUAGAGCGUAUACAGAUGUGGAGGAUUUAGAACAUGGGAGAUCUAUUCAUGGUUGUGUGAUUAAAAUGGGACUUGAAUUUGAAUCCGAUUUGCUUAUUUCCCUUACCUCUUUGUAUGCAAAAUGUGGGCAGGUUACAAUUGCGAGAUUGUUUUUCAAUCAGGUGCAGAUUCCAAAUUUGAUUUUGUGGAAUGCAAUGAUUUCUGGUUAUGUGAAAAAUGGGUAUGCUGAGGAAGCUGUUGAGCUGUUCCGUCGAAUGAUAAGUCAAAAUAUAAGACCAGAUUCUAUUACCGUGACAUCUAGUAUUGCAGCUUGUGCACAAAUAGGAUCUCUUGAAUUAGCAAGAUGGAUGGAUGAGUAUAUCAGCAUGAGUGAAUUUACAAAUGAUGUGAUUGUUAAUACUGCUCUCAUUGACAUGUAUGCAAAAUGUGGAACUGUAGAUAUGGCUCGCUUUGUUUUUGACAGAAUACCAGAUAAAGAUGUUGUUGUGUGGAGCGCAAUGAUGGUGGGAUAUGGAUUACAUGGGCAGGGUCAGGAAUCUGUCAAUCUUUUUCAUGUAAUGAGGCAAGCUGGGGUGUCACCAAAUGAUGUCACCUUCGUCGGGCUCCUCACAGCAUGCAAAAAUUCAGGUCUUGUAGAAGAAGGAUGGGACCUCUUCCACCGCAUGAGAGAUUAUGGGGUUGAACCAAGGCACCAACAUUAUGCGUGUGUGGUGGAUCUUCUUGGGCGUGCAGGCCAAUUAGAUAGAGCUUAUAAUUUUGUCAUGCACAUGCCAAUUGAACCAGGUGUAACUGUUUGGGGAGCACUUUUGAGUGCAUGCAAGGUCCAUCGCCAUGUCUCACUAGGGGAAUAUGCAGCUGAGCGACUUUUCUCAUUAGAUCCAUAUAACACAGGGCAUUAUGUUCAGCUGUCAAACCUCUAUGCUUCAGCUCGGUUGUGGGAUCAUGUUGCAAAGGUACGAGUGUUAAUGAGGGAGAAAGGACUUACCAAGCACCUUGGUUAUAGUGUGAUUGAGAUCAAUGGAAAGCUCUGGGCAUUUCAAGCUGGAGAUAAGUCGCAUCCAACAUCCAAAGAGAUUUUGGAGGAAGUUGUGGAUUUAGAGAGAAGGUUAAAGGAAGCUGGAUUUGUCCCCCAAACAGAAUCUGUCCUGCAUGAUUUGAAUUAUGAAGAAACAGAGGAGACACUUUGUAAUCAUAGUGAGAGACUAGCGAUUGCUUAUGGGCUUAUCAGUACUCCCCCGGAACUACCCUUCGGAUAA